UCCAUUUAUGGAGUAAAUUUCAUUAUGGAGUGAGAUAUGGAGUUGGGUUGGAGCAUUCCUUACUCCAUAUUCACUUUUACUCCAUUUUAAAGGAAAAAAUGGAGUAGGGAUGGAGAUGCCCUUCCUCAUCUUAGAGACUCUCAAUAUUCUUGUAUUUAAGGCUCACACGACUCAGUCCACCAAACCUCCAGGAAUCUCGAAAAACACAAAAGGAGAUAGAAGAAUCAAUAAAGAUGUUUACACCAAAAAAAAAGAAUCACAAAGAUGUACUCCGCUAAUUCACACGACAUUACACAGACAGACCACAAAACCUAGUGAACAAGUCUCUUGUGAUUAUAAUAUUGGAAACAAUAAAGUAAAGAGGAGAGAGGGCGAUAAAAAGAACAGAAAGUUGGAGCGACGUCUCUUGUACGUGGAACUUUAAGGAAAAGAUGAGAGACUCUUUUGUAAUGUGUUUCAUUGUUAUUGGUUCAUAUUCUCUAUGUUUUUUUUGUAUCAAAUCUUCUAUGUUUAUAAUUUAAUUGUAAAGUAAAUUACAUUAAUAUUAUAUAGAUAAAAAACUCUUGUGAGAAAGUGUACCGCUAAUGAUGCACACAAGUUAUACGUUUGAAAAAUCAACUAACUUUAGCGCCAUUAAGUUCUCCAAUCAAAAAUAUAAAAAGACUUCACGUAGCUCUCUAUCUUUUUCCAAGUCAAGUUGUGUGUGGUUACAUAUCUUUAUUUAAACCACCAACACUCUCUCUCAUUUUUCUUAAACCAAAACAAUUCUCUUCUUCACUACUAAUUCAUAAAGACCAUGUCUGAAUCCCGUUUGCAUUUGCAUUUUCUCUCGCUACUUUUGCUCUGUUAUGUCUCCCCUUCAAGCUUCUUUAACUUAAACAUCGAUUACAGUAGCUAUGUUGCUUGCGGUCCCCAUCAGACUCAAGUUCUCACUGAGUUCAUGAACGAGUUUGAUAGCAGCCAGUGCAACCUCAGUGAUCCCUAUAACGGAGUCUGGUGCGAUAACUCGACUGGUGCGGUCACAAUGCUACGACUCCAGGCGUGUCUCAGCGGAACUCUAAAGCCCAAUAGUAGCCUCUUCAGGUUACACCAUCUUCGUUACCUUGCACUCAUUCAAAACAACUUCAUCUCAGCUACAAUUCCUUCAGAAUUUGGGAAUCUCAGCAGGUUAGAGGCCUUAUCUCUUAGGAAUAAUAGCUUUGUAGGCCAAGUUCCUUCCUCAUUUAACAGCCUAAGCCUUCUUUCCGUUUUAGAACUUUCCCUAAACGAGCUCACUGGUAGUUUCCCACUUGUGAGGAAUCUAACAAAGCUCUCGGCUUUAAGCCUUGCUGCGAAUCAUUUCUAUGGAACUCUGAAUCCUAAGAGUACUAGCCUGUUUGAGUUGCGCCACCUCCGUUACCUUGAUCUAAGUCAAAACAACUUCACCUCAUCACUCCCUUCUGAAUUUGGAAAUCUCAACAGACUAGAGAUCUUGGCUCUUUCCUCCAAUGACUUUUUCGGGCAAGUUCCUCCCACAAUUAGUAACCUAACCUCGUUAGAGGAAUUGAACCUUCACCACAACCAACUCACUGGUAGUUUCUCACUUGUUCAAAACCUAACCAUGCUUUCAGUUAUAGCAAUCAAUCAUAAUCACUUCUCUGGAGCCAUUCCAUCUUCUCUCUUCACCAUGCCUUUCUUAUCAUAUCUCGAUAUGGGAGACAACGAUCUCACUGAUUCUGUUGAAGUUUACAACUCCUCAUCUACCCUGUCUAGGCUCGAGUACUUGUCCCUUGGGAAUAACCAUUUUGAAGGAAAAAUCAUAGAGCCUAUCUCAAAACUCAUCAGCGUCAAGAUUCUUGACCUUUCUUUCCUUAACACAAGUUACCCGAUUGAUGUAAGCCUCUUCUCCUCGCUGAAAUAUUUGGUGGACCUUGAUCUUUCCGGUAAUAGUAUAUCUCCGGCCAGUUUAGGUUCAAAUUUAGACAUCCCAAUAAACCUGGAGAUUUUGUUGUUACGAGGUUGCGGCAUCAAAGAGUUCCCAAAUAUCUUAAAGAUCCUUGAGAAGUUAGAGAAUAUAGACUUGUCCGACAACAUAAUCAAAGGCGAGGUCCCGGAGUGGUUAUGGAAGCUUCCUCGUCUAAACACAGUGUUUCUUUCAAAUAAUUCGUUUAAUGGUUUGGAAGGUCCAGUGGAUGUUUUGGUAAAUUCAUCUGUGAAGAAUUUAUUAAUGGAGCGAAACUAUUUUGAAGGAGCAGUUCCUAUUCUACCACUCUCCAUCAACAACUUUGCUGCGACAAUCAAUAGAUUCACAGGGAGAAUACCUCUUUCAAUCUGCAAUUGUAGGUCGCUUACGCAUUUAUGGCUUCCUUACAACAACCUCACGGGUCCAAUCCCUCAAUGCUUGAGUAACUUGACAAUUUUGAAUCUCCGGAAGAACAACUUGGAAGGAAGUAUCCUUGAGGCAUUUUAUGUCGGUGCUUCUCUACAAACACUUGAUGUUGGACACAAUCGACUAACCGGGAAACUUCCAAGAUCUCUUCAGAAUUGUUCAUCUCUCGAGUUUCUAGCUGUUGACCACAACAUAAUCAAAGACAAGUUUCCUUUUUGGCUCAAGGCUUUACCAAAUUUGCAAGUCCUUAUCCUCAGUUCAAACAAAUUCUAUGGAUCUAUAUCUCCUCCUGGUCAAGGUCCUCUCGGGUUUCCAGAGCUGCGUAUAUUUGAGAUAGCUGAUAAUAAGUUUACUGGAAGCUUGCCACCGAGAUACUUUGUCAAUUGGAAAGCAUCGUCCCUUAUGAUGAAUGAAGAUGGUGGUCUAUAUAUGGUAUACACGAAAAGGACUUCCGGGAGACUGUCAUAUAUGGAUACAGAAGCUAUAGAUUUGAAAUACAAAGGUCUAUCAAUGAAGCAAGGGAAGGUCCUUACCUCAUACGCCACUAUUGAUUUUUCUGGGAACAGAAUUGAAGGACAGAUUCCUGAAUCAAUUGGUCUCUUGAAAGCACUGAUUGCACUCAACUUAUCCAACAAUGCCUUCACAGGUCAUAUUCCUCUGUCUUUCUCCAAUCUGGGAAAGCUCGAGUCACUAGACCUAUCAAGAAACCAACUCUCCGGGACUAUUCCAAAUGGACUUGGGACCCUCUCCUUUCUGGCGUACAUAAAUGUGUCUCACAACCAACUCAAGGGUGAAAUACCACAAGGAACACAGAUUACCGGCCAACCUAAGUCUUCAUUUGCAGGGAAUGCAGGCCUUUGUGGUCUUCCUCUCCAGGAAACUUGCUUUGGGACUAUUGCGCCACCAACACAACAACCUCCGGAAGAAGAAGAAGGAGAAGAGGAAGAAGUGUUGAACUGGAAAUGUGUGGCAAUAGGGUAUGGACCUGGAGUGUUGCUUGGAUUGACAAUAGCACACCUCAUUGCAACAUAUAAACCGGAGUGGCUCAUUAAGAUAAUUGGUCCGAACAAGCGCAGAAACCGUUAGGAUUGUUUUCAGUUUGAGUAUGAUCCUUCAAUAUAUGCCAAGUGGUUGAUGUGAUUCAUCUUGUAUGGAAGCAUCUCUUUAUGUUUGUUGUAUCAUUAUCUAAUGCUUUGUUCUAUUUCGCUUCUUUUUAUGAAGUAAUAAUUGUGUAUGUUUUUUCUCAUCUCAUAUGCAUUUAUGUUUUUUU